CAGAGCUACAUGAGCAAGUACCAGGGCCUGCCGAUGUCCAACGAUCCAAACACGCGAAUGGCCCUAGUCAGCCAUACCGACCUGGCUUCUACCAUCCGCAACAUGCAGAGGUACAUGGACGUACCCCUGACAGGACACAUUGAUGGAGCUACCAAGGCCAAGCUGACCCAGCCAAGGUGUGGGGUACCAGACCCAUCGGGCCAGGAUACAGCGGGCCACGCCCUUGGUGGUAGGAUGAGACGGUUUGCCCACACGGGAGGAAAGUGGGAAACUCAUAGUCUAACAUUUCGAAUCCUCAACAGUGCGAACAGGCUUAGGGCCGAGAGCGACGAUGCGAUCCGAAGGGCCUUCAAGGUCUGGGAGGAGGUCACCCCGCUAAAGUUCACCGAGGUCCAGGGCAAUGGCCGUGCAGACAUCUAUCUCACCUUCGGUUCUGGCGACCAUGGCGAUCAGUUUCCAUUCGAUGGACCGGGCUUUACACUCGCCCAUGCCUUCCCUCCCCAGAGUGGUUGGGGAGAGAUGGAUGGUGAUGUGCACUUCGACGAUGCCGAGACCUAUACAGUAUCAUCAUACGACGGUACAAACCUGUUCCAGGUAGCUGCCCAUGUCGGUCACAGCCUUGGUCUAGGUCACUCAACCGACUCACGGGCCCUCAUGGCUCCAUUCUACGCAGGUUACAUCCCGGACUUCCAACUUCCCUACGAUGACCAGCAAGGGAUCCAGAGACUUUAUGGCAGUAAAAGGCCCUCUGUUGGAACGACGACGAAAAAGCCACCACAGCCUGGACCAAAUCCUAAACCUGAACCAGGACCCAAUCCUGGACCUACUACCCAUGCCCCUGAUACAAGAUGCAAGAAGACUUACGAUGCAAUCACACUCAUCAGAGGAGAACUGUUUGCGUUUCAGAGUGAUAUCUACUGGAGGCUACGCUUCCCAAUGGAGCUGAUAUCCCGCGACAACGGAGAGCUUACCUCACACUUUUGGCAAUCGUUCCCAAAUAAGAUAGAUGCCGCCUACGAGAGAUAUUUUGAUCACAUGAUCUUCUUUUUCAAAGGAAACGAAUACUACAAAUAUAAUGGACUAGAGCUGGUUGCCGGAUUCCCGAAACCAAUCAAAACUCUUGACCCCAGACUCCCAGCAAACUUGGAUGCAGUUAUCAGUUUCAGCGAGUUUUCGAAGACGUACUUUAUCAAGGGUCGCAAGGUGUGGCGAUUCGAUGAACUGGAACAGCGAGUGGAUGAAGGUUAUCCGACAAACAUCAAACGUGUAUUUCCCGGUGUGCCGAGUCCGGUUUCUUCUGCUUUCGUGCACAUUGACGGUACUGCAUAUUUCCUGAAGGGGUACGAAUACUACCGCUACAACGAAACUCUCAAGAGCUUCGAGGAUGGUUAUCCCCGGAGGUUCGGCGUGGAUUUCUUGGGAUGCGAUCCAAACAAAUUGGUCCAGCUUGGUCUAAACUCCACUGGCGGUACCGGGAAUAGCAACAUCAACAGGCCGACAAAACUUUUCAUUCUGUUAUUAACUAUUUCAGCAGUUUUGAAUUCUGUUUUACAGUAGGUUGGGAAUCUUUAGUGGGUACUUUUCUUUACUUGUACGAGAACAAAUCACCUCUCUGCUUUUGAAAAUAAUCAAUGAAUUAAAAAUAUGGCAAAACAUUCAGCAGAGUGUACAUGAUUCUAAAAUUCCACAUAACUGUGUUAUGGUGAACUAACGAAUGGAAGAAAAACUUUCGACGCAAAGUAGGUCCGACAUAUCACUUCGUAUGCUUUUGACAGAAAUAAAGCCUUAGAGCCAGGUCUGUGAAAAGUAAGUCUGAGCAUACUAUACACUAUUUGGUCCAUCUGCGGGCUAAGCUUAAACAGCCAUUUGAUAAAAUGCAAAGUUUGGUUUUAAUGCGAAAUGUAGUUUUCAACUGUCAUUGCGGACAUCAUCAUAGGAGUGACCGAUUGAUUAUGAUUAAAAAAAAGAUCAUUUCGAUAAUAAGGCAACAUCAUUUAGGCCUAGAUCAAAAUGAUUGUGUAGAGUUUUAGAUAAUUUCUUUCCAAAUCGACACGUCCGACUGGUAUUGGUCUUUUGUCGAGCAUUAUAUGACUAGGGCAUUAAACAAAUCAAGUAAAAAUUAUACUUUUGUUUGCAUUUAUUGUCAAUGAUAUAUUUAUCAAAAGUUUAAUCAUUCAUAAAUAAUCCACCUCUUGAUAUUAAUAUAAUCCUACAUAAUAUCAUUGUAUGUACAUUAUUCCUUUUUAGCAAUUUUCGUAAAAGUUAUGUACAUACUAUUGCGUCAAACCUUAAAAACGAUAGAGAUUAAGCUGCAAACUACGAGGGAAAUGCAUAGUUUUAGUGUUGAAGAGUGUGAAUGUGCGAUGAUAUCUUGUUUUAGUGAUGGCGCUAUAACUUGUGUGUCAUCGUAGCUACUUGAGAAUUUAGCUGUUUUCAAUGAAAGUUAUGUCUUGUGUAGACCGGAUUAUUUAUGUAUGUGUACAUGACAUUAAAUCUUGAUGUAGAAUGUGUCUUGUUCAUUUAGUGUAGACCUACAAAUUACUUUGGAAACUGCUAUUUUACUAUUUUUUGAAAUUAAUUAAUAUUAGCAUUCUUUCAUUAUGUUGACGAAUAUGCCAACCUCCAUCAUUGCCAUAUGCAUUACUCGCGGGCGAGUCACAGAAUAUGUGCAAUCACCAUUUCAUGCUGUGUCAUAUCAGCACUGACAUUUAUUUAAUAUUACUUUAUAUGCAAAUAUUAUCUGGUUAUAAUUAAGAAACCAACAUGCUUUUCGUAUUAUUACACACUCUGGUACAAGAAUUGCAUUUCAUAUUUUGUUAAAAGAUGACAUGUCAAUUACAAUGUCUGUUUUUUUGUUUGUUUUUGUAAUUAAUACUUGCAGGCAAGUGUUGUUUGACGAUUGGAAAUAUUUUUAAACAUCUUUUGUUUUAUACACUAAUUUGUCCCGUGUAAUGUAUGUAUGUCAUAGCACACUACACUUUUCAUUGAAGACGAUUAUGACGAAUCAUUAGUUCCAUAAAUAUGGCCUGAAAAUAUAAGAAUUCAAAUAUCUUUAAAUAAAAUGCUGUAUAUUUUUAAAUUUAUUGCUUCUUUGUCAAAA